ACGGAUCCAGGAUAGCCUCAGCAUCCGACGACAAGACAGUACAAAUCUGGGAUGCAGUGACUAGGAAACAACUCAAAGUCCUCCGAGGACACACUGACCAGGUCCGCUCGGUGUCAUUCUCAUCUGAUGGAUCCAGGGUAGCCUCAGCAUCCGAUGACAAGACAGUACGAAUCUGGGAUGCAGUGACUGGGGAAGAACUCAAGGUGCUCCGAGGACACACUGAUUGGGUUAUCUCAAUGUCGUUCCCAUCUGAUGGAUCCAGAGUAGCCACAGCAUCCAAUGACACAACAGUACGAAUCUGGGAUGCGGUGGCUGGGGAAGAACUAAGGGCUUUCCAAGGGCACGCCAGGAGAGUUCGCUCAGUCUCAUUCUCAUCCGAUGGAUUAAGGGUAGCAUCAGCAUCCGCUGACUCGACAGUACGAAUCUGGGAUGCGGUGACUAGUGGAGCAACUUCCGUCAGCAAAGAAUCCAUCCCAGCUGACAUGACUCAGGAUUCACUUUCCAAUCCAAUCACCAUUCCCAAUCAGUGCUCAUUUGCUGAAGUCAGGCAUGAUGAGCUGAACCGUAUUCACCUUUUCCUCGGAACAUGCGGAACCCCCCAUUUUAUCGCCCCUACUCAUAUAAGCGACAGAAUAUCCACUUGGGAAAUUUCGGGUGAUGGGCAAGCCCUUACCAUCCGCAUGGAAGGAGGGCGUGUCCAGACUAUUCAGGCACCGAAGAGAUACCGGUGUGUUUAACAUCCAACAUCAUGAUUUGGGAGUCUGAACAGCCGAUUAAGAUAUUCCCACUCAAGCGAUCCCUGUCAAAUUGUAGUAGCAGGCAAGGGCGAAGGUGUUAUCG